AUGGGGCCCCGGGCAAGGACACUUCACUUGCUGUUUCUCCUGCUGCGUGCUCUGACUAAGCCAGCUGAGCUGGUAGAGAACUCUGACUUCCACCUGGCUGGGGACUACCUCCUGGGUGGUCUCUUUUCCCUCCAUGCCAACGCCAAGAGCGUCUCCCACCUCAACUACCUGCAGGUGCCCAAGUGCAAUGAGUACGACAUGAAGGUGUUGGGCUACAAUCUCAUGCAGGCCAUGCGCUUCGCUGUGGAGGAGAUUAACAACCACAGCACCCUGCUUCCGGGCGUGCUGCUCGGCUACGAGAUGGUGGACGUGUGCUACCUCACCAACAACAUCCACCCCGCGCUCUACUUCCUGGCGCAGGAGGAUUACUUCCUGCCCCUCCUCAAAGACUACAGCCAGUAUAUGCCCCGAGUGGUGGCCAUCAUCGGCCCGGACAACUCUGAGUCCACCAUCACCGUGUCCAGCCUCCUCUCCUACUUCCUCAUUCCGCAGAUCACGUACAGCGCCAUCUCUGACAAGCUGAAGGACAAGCGGCGCUUCCCUGCCGUUCUGCGCACAGUGCCGAGUGCCAACCAUCACAUCGAGGCCAUGGUGCAGCUGAUGCUUCACUUCCACUGGAACUGGAUUGUGGUGCUGGUGAGCAACGACAGCUACGGCCGGGAGAACAGCCACCUACUGAGCCAGCGUCUGGGCAGCACGGGUGACAUCUGCAUCGCCUUCCAGGAGAUUCUGCCCAGACCGGAACCCGGUCAGGCCAUGGGGCCCGAGGAGCAGGCCCAGCUGGACAACAUCCUGGACAAGCUGUGGCGGUCCACGGCGCGCGUCGUGGUGGUGUUCUCACCGGAGCUGACCCUGCACAACUUCUUUCUCGAGGUACUUCGCCGCAACAUCACGGGCGUUGUGUGGAUCGCCUCCGAGUCCUGGGCUAUCGACCCGGUCCUGCACAAGCUCACAGAGCUGCGCCACACAGGCACGUUCCUGGGCGUCACCACCCAGAGGGUGUUCAUCCCUGGCUUCAGCGAGUUCCGGGUGCGCCGUGCCAAGUCAGGGCACCCCAUGCUCAACAAGACCAACCUGAAGGCUACCUGCAACCAGGACUGUGACGCCUGCUUGAACAUGACCGAGUCCUACAGCAAUGUCCUCAUGCUUUCGGGGGAGCGUGUGGUCUACAGCGUGUACUCGGCAGUCUACGCUGUGGCCCAUGCCCUGCACAGAUUCCUGCGCUGCAGCCAGGUCCACUGCACCAAGGAGACGGUCCACCCAUGGCAGCUACUCAGGGAGAUUUGGCACGUCAAUUUCACCCUCCUGGGCAACCAGCUCUUCUUUGACCAACAAGGGGACAUGCCGUUGCUCUUGGACAUCAUCCAGUGGCAGUGGGACCUGAGCCAAAAUCCCUUCCAAAGCAUUGCCUCCUACUCCCCCAUCGAGAAGAGGCUGACCUACAUCAGUGACGUGUCCUGGGACACCCCCAACAACACGAUCCCUUUGUCCACGUGUUCUAAGAGCUGCCAGCCCGGGUAUAUGAAAAAGCCUGUGGGCCUCCACCCCUGCUGCUUCGAGUGCCUAGACUGCCAGCCGGGCACCUACCUCAACCACACUGCAGAUGAGUUCAACUGUCUGCCCUGCCCGGGUUCCAUGUGGUCCAACAAGAAUGACAUCACCUGCUUCAAGCGGCGGCUGGUCUUUCUGGAGUGGCACGAGGUGUCCACCAUCGUGGUGGCCAUACUGGCUGCGCUGGGCUUCCUCAGCACCUUGGCCAUUCUGUUCAUCUUCUGGAGGCAUUUCCAGACGCCCAUAGUGCGCUCGGCCGGCGGGCCCAUGUGCUUCCUCAUGCUGGUGACGCUGCUGCUGGUGUUCGGGAUGAUGCCGGUGUACGUGGGGCCCCCCACGGUCUUCUCCUGCUUCUGCCGCCAGGCCUUCUUCACCAUCUCCUUCUCCAUCUGCCUCUCCUGCAUCACUGUGCGCUCCUUCCAGAUCAUGUGCGUCUUCAAGAUGGCCAGACGUCUGCCUCGUGCCUACGGCCUCUGGAUGCGUUACCACGGACCCUACGUCUUUGUGGUCUUCGUGACGGCCAUCAAGGUGACCCUGGUGGCGGGCAACAUGCUGGCCACUACCAUCAACCCCACUGCCCGGACGGACCCCGACGACCCUAACAUUAUGAUCCUUUCUUGCCACCCCAACUACCGCAACGGGCUGCUGUUCAACACCAGCGUGAACUUGCUGCUGUCCGUGCUGGGCUUCAGCUUCGCUUACAUGGGCAAGGAACUGCCCACCAACUACAACGAGGCCAAGUUCAUCACUCUCUGCAUGGCCUUCUCCUUUACCUCCACCAUCUCCCUCUGCACCUUCAUGACUGUCCACGAUGGGGUGCUGGUCACCAUCAUGGACAUCCUUGUCAAUGUGCUCAACUUCCUGGCCAUCAACUUGGGAUACUUUGGCCCCAAGUGUUACAUGAUCCUUUUCUACCCGGAGCGCAACACUUCAGCUUACUUCAAUAGCAUGAUCCAGGGCUACACCAUGAGGAAGAGCUAGCCCCGCCCACUGGCCUCAGCAGCAGGCUCCCCCCCCCCCACCAACCCCCCGGCCAUGUUGUUGGUGUUCUUCUGCCAUUCUCUGCAGCCUAGCUAUUUUUUUUUUAAUCCAUUUAGCUCUUGAAAAUACCCAUACUGCACUCUUCCCUCAUGAGCUGUUUCACUGGCUGGGAGAACUACCCAGUCACAGAAGAAACCAUCCAAGGUGGCCUCUGCGACUUCAAGGAUGGUCUGAUUUAUAAGCCCACCGCUGCCAUCUGGUGGUCACAGUGAGCACCUGCAGCUUGUGGCCCACGCCUUGCAGUCUGCUCAUGGCUAGUGGCUGUGAGGCCAGCAGCAGUGUGGUUCAACAUGUUCCCCAGCCGUCUUGUGUCUCUGUGUUUCCUUUUCAGUUCCUGGGAAGCACAGACAGGGGGCUCCUGGGUUCUAAUGGGCAGAUAGGCAUCGUGGGGUUCUCACUGUUGCUUUUGAAUAA